AUGGCCGCUGUUGUUGCAUCUCAUCAGUCUGGUCUUUGGCAAGAACGACGGGAACCUCCUUAUCAAAUGCCCAACAUGCACAGCUCUAGCAUGAUCCCUCAGUACGACACUUCGCGUGCCGCCACCAGCGCGCCAGUCUCGCGGAGCUUUCAGCCCACCUCCACACAAAUGGACAUGAGCAUGCCUCUCUACUCUUCCAAUGGCCUCGCCACCACUGUCCCCUACCAGCCGGGACAAUUCGCAUACGACGCCACGUCGGUGAACCCAUACACUAUGCAACAGCCGUCAUACUACCAGUCGAGUAUCCCACAUCCUGUGUCCUACCCUCCAUCGACCGAUGUCCAGCAACUUCCAACAGUACGAGACAGCCGAAAUCUCUUCAACCCUCUGGUCAAGGCCGAAAGCACGUCGCCUCUCCAGUCGAACCCGAUAUAUGGCGAAACAUCCUACCCAUCCGGCGCUAAGCGUUCCAACUCUGUCCCGACAGAAGGCACUUCUGUUCACUUCUCGACCGAUGUAGACACUCUGAUGAAGGCCAUCCAAGCAAAACAGACAACCCCUUCCGAGCCAGCAGAGCCCAAGGAGGACACCACCAAGCCUUCUCAAAAACCUCGCAAGCGCUAUCAAUGUACUGUCCCUAACUGCAACAAGAGCUUCUACCAGAAGACUCAUCUCGAAAUCCACAUCCGCGCUCACACUGGAGCUAAGCCAUUCAACUGCAAGGCCCCAGGUUGUGGACAGUCAUUCUCUCAAUUAGGUAACCUCAAGACACACGAGCGACGACACACUGGCGAACGACCCUACAGUUGCGAUAUCUGUGGCAAAACCUUUGCUCAGCGGGGCAAUGUACGAGCACACAAGAUUGUGCACCAGCAGAUCAAGCCCUUCACCUGCAAGCUCGACGACUGUGGCAAGCAAUUUACUCAACUCGGUAACCUCAAGUCACACCAGAACAAAUUCCACGCCACUACCCUCAGAUAUCUCACGACAAAGUUUGCAACCAUCAGCAUGGGCGACUGGGUGUCCAAAGAAGACAAGGAGCUCUGGGAGUACUUUGCAUCUCUAUAUAAGAACUCCAACAAGGGCAUCAAAGGUCGUGGCAAGGACAGGCGCAUCUCAGCCAUGUCAUCGUCCGCCUCGUCUUAUCCUUCAUCGUACCCCGCCAUGCCAAUGGCCUCAAUGUCCCGAAGCUAUGGUGGAUCUUUCCACCACAGCAGCGAACGUAGCAGUCGAAGCUCCUCCAUGUCAUCUGAUACCAUCCAGCGAGUGGACAGCGGAUACGACUUCAACGUUCCUAUGCCAACAGGAUACCAUCAACCUCCGGCCAGUGGAUAUGACGAUAUGGUGUUCCCGGAGCGCAAGCUAUAUUAA